CGACGAACCACUGGGUUACGUGUCAGGCGUGGGCUCCCACGCCAAACGUCGAACAGGUGGAGUCUUGAGUCCAAAGUCCAAAUUUGAAGGCCGCGCCGGCGCCGGCGCCGCAUUCGCCUCUUUGGCUGCGAAGAAGCAAGAAGGUCCAAUGGCAGGAGGCACGCCAAUCGUAAAUCUCGAAGCACACCUCUCCUCUCACCGUCAUUUGUGCUUCCUCUAGACACUCACCAACGCGCAUCACCAUCCUGCUGGAAAGGAGCAGCGAUACCGGUCAUCGCCCGCUCAGAUAUAUCGAAACGCAGCCUGGCUUAAAGCAAAACCGCACCCACACCCACCGCUGCCCAUCAUGACGACUGUUCAGAAGAUCAAAGAGAUUGAGGAUGAGAUGGCCAAGACGCAAAAGAACAAGGCCACCUCUUACCAUCUGGGUCAAUUGCGCGCCAAGCUGGCCAAGCUGAAGAGGGAACUUAUCACUCCUUCUGGAGGAGGUGGCGGCGCAGGAUUGGGUUUCGAUGUUGCCAGAACCGGGCUGGCCAGUGUCGGGUUUGUGGGAUUCCCAAGUGUGGGGAAGAGUACGCUCAUGUCAGGCUUGACGGGCACCACAUCCGAAGCGGCCGCAUACGAGUUCACUACGCUGACUACGGUUCCUGGUACCAUGAAUGUACAUGGAGCGAAGAUUCAAAUCUUGGACUUGCCGGGUAUCAUCGAGGGUGCCAAGGAUGGCAAAGGCAGAGGCAGACAAGUCAUUGCAGUCGCUCGGACAUGCAACCUCAUCUUCAUCGUUCUCGACGUCUGCAAGCCUCUGAAAGACAAGUCGAUCUUGGAGAACGAGCUGGAGGGUUUCGGCAUUCGAUUGAACAAGAAGCCGCCCAAUAUUGUGGUCAAGAAGAAGGACAAGGGUGGAAUCAGCGUGACGAACACAGUGCCACUUACUCAGAUCGAUAGCGACACCAUUCGAGCUGUGCUCAGCGAGUACCGCAUCAGCAACGCGGAUGUAGCUUUUAGGGAGGAUGCAAAUGUGGAGCAAUUCAUUGAUGUCUUGGAAGGCAAUCGAAUCUACAUUCCUUGCAUCUACGUCCUGAACAAGAUUGAUCAAAUCACAAUCGAGGAGCUAGACCUCUUGUAUCGCAUUCCCAAUUCCGUUCCCAUCUCUUCGCGCAUGUGGCUAAACGUGGACGACGAGCUGGUGGAGCGAAUGUGGAUGGAGCUAAAGUUGGUCAGAGUGUACACCAAGCCGAGAAAACAAGCGCCAGAUUACUCUCAGCCAGUCGUGCUGCGUCAGGGCAAAUGCACAAUCGAAGACUUUGCCAAUGCCAUCCACAAAGACAUCGUCUCACAAUUCCGCAUCGCGAUGGUCUAUGGCUCUAGCGCCAAGCAUCCUCGAGGUCAGAGGGUGGGUCUCGAGCACGUGCUGCAGGAUGAAGACGUCGUCACCUUGUUCAAGCGCUGAACAUGGUCCAAAGACUCUCUUGUACCAUCCUUUGAGAUCGAAUGCGUCAUCUUUGGUGUUGCCCCAAUGUACGCUCGUUCGACUCCUCGAACCCGUGCCUUCACCAUCUCGAGAUUGUCACGAGAGCUGGCAAGGGUGCAUCAAGCUGAACUUUGACCGCUCGCAGCGCGAGUCCACGACUCAUCUGACGCCGUCCGAUCGCUCUAGGUGCGACCAGUGUCGCCGAUCAAUGUUUCAAUUUGCAUCCCACCGCCGAACAGAGCUCCAGUCCAUGCGAUGCUCAUCAACAAGACUCGAUCGUCAAUUCUAAAUGCUGUUGUGCU